AUGCUGUCGAAUAUCCUCGCCGCCAUCAGAUCACCUCCUGAUCCCACCGAAGGGGCUCAGCAAAGGCCUCCUCGGUAUGCCGGCGAAGAUACCACACCGACUACCCGCCGCGAAAUCCUUGGCUGGUAUGCUUACGGCAUUGCCGCCGAGGUGUUCGCGGUCUGUGGUGUAGGUUCUUUUUUGCCUCUCACGCUUGAGCAGCUGGCGCGCGAACACGGCACACUGCAAACCAGCCACCUGCCCUGCUGGGGCCCUCAGGCGCCGGCGAACGGCACGCAGGCAGACGAACAGUGUAUCGUUGGGGUGAUGGGACUCCACAUCACCACUGCCAGUUUCGCGAUGUAUACGUUUUCGCUGGCGGUGCUAAUCCAGGCAUUAACAUUAGUCUCGUUCAGUGCUCUGGCAGACUACGAAAGUAACCGUAAAACGUUACUUUUGUCCUUCGGGUUCAUUGGCUCGGCUACCAGCAUGCUGUUCGUGCUUAUCGCACCGCCGGUCUUCAUUCUCGGCUCCGUCUUGGUAGUAAUCGGCGUCACCUGCCUCGGCUCCUCGUUUGUGGUCCUAAAUUCAUUUCUGCCCGUAUUGGUCGCCAAUGAUCCUUCAAUUCAAGAAGUCAAAGAUGGAGGUGAUGAGAUGUCGAACUUCCAGAGCAACAGUAAUAGUGGCGUCGGCGAUGACGCUGACUGGAAUGCGUGGGACGAGGAGGACAGCCUUGACGGCUUGCAAGGCCCAGGUCAACAUGUUCCACUCGGAGCGGAUGGUCUAAAGGGCAAAGGCUCGGGAUCUAACACGGAACUUCAACUCUCUACGAAGAUCUCUUCUAAGGGGGUGGGACUUGGAUACUGCGCGGCGGUAUUCGUGCAAAUUCUGAGUAUUGCGCUCCUGGUAACACUCUCCAAAACCAAACUCGCGGAAAUCUCAGGAACCCUACCCAUGCGCUUCGUUCUGCUCUUGGUUGGAAUAUGGUGGUGUUUAUUCACGUUUGUCGCCGGUCGUUGGCUACGCUCACGACCUGGGCCCCGACUGGAUACAUCAUCCAGUCCUGGCGCCUCUCGGUGGCGCGUGUGGUUGCGUCUCAUGGGAUUUGCAUGGAAAUCCCUCUGGAAGACAGUAAAAGUGGCCGUGAAGUUGCGCGAAGCUAUGAUCUUUCUCGUCGCCUGGUUUCUGUUGUCUGAUGCCAUGGCAACUGUCUCCGGUACCGCCAUCCUCUUCGCACGUACAGAACUAAAGAUGAGCACAACAUCAGUCGGUUUGUUGUCGAUCACUGCUACUUUAUCGGGUAUGACUGGUGCGUUCCUCUGGCCUCACGUAUCUCGGCGUUUCGGAUUGAAGCCAAAUCAAACAAUCAUCGUUUGUAUUGUGCUGUUCGAGACAAUUCCGCUCUAUGGAAUGCUAGCCUAUAUCCCGUUCAUCAAAAAUUGGGGAGUCAUUGGACUGCAAAAAUCAUGGGAGAUCUUCCCGCUUGCAAUUGUCCACGGUAUCGUGUCUGGAGGCCUCGCUUCGUACUGUCGCUCCUUCUUUGGUCUAUUGAUUCCUCCUGGUAGCGAGGCUGCAUUUUAUGCGCUAUAUGCCGCCACAGACAAAGGCAGCUCAUUCAUCGGACCCGCUGUGGUAGGAGUACUCGUGGACGCAACUGGUCAGGUUCGGUCUGGCUUCUUCUUCAUCGCGAUCUUGAUUGUGCUACCCAUCCCCCUGGUGUGGAUGGUAAAUGCCGACAAGGGGCGCCGCGACGCCCUCGCGAUGGCGGAGUCUCUGGAGAAAUCACACGGAGGGCUAUUUAACGAUGCUCAGGAGGCAGAGGGACUUCUGUCUCGUGAGCAAUAG